AUGGCUUCUGCAACCAGCUUUUACGAUUUCAAGCCGCUUGACAAGCGCGGCCAGGAGGUUUCUCUCGCCGACCACAAGGGCAAGGUGGUCCUCAUCGUCAAUACCGCUUCCAAGUGCGGCUUCACUCCGCAGUACGAAGGUCUUGAGAAGGUCUACAAGUCCAUAAAGGACAAGUACCCCGAUGAUUUCACCAUCCUUGGCUUCCCCUGCAACCAGUUUGGUGGCCAGGAACCCGGCACCGAUGAUGAGAUUCAGAAUUUUUGCCUCGUCAACUACGGCGUCAGCUUCCCCAUCAUGCAGAAGAUUGACGUCAAUGGUGACAAGGCCAGCGAUCUUUUCGAAUGGCUCAAGGCCGAGAAACCCGGUCUGAUGGGCCUCAAACGCAUCAAGUGGAAUUUUGAAAAGUUCCUGGUCGGCCGUGAUGGCCAGGUCAAGGGUCGCUGGGCGAGCACCACGAAACCCGAGUCGCUCGAGAAGCCAAUUCUGGACGAGUUGGAGAAGAAACCCGCUGGAGAAGCAAACCCACGCCUUGCGUAG